AUGACUAUCGUCGACGACCCAGCUCAGAAAACUUUCAUCUUGACCGACUUGGCGCCCGAGCUUCUUCUUGAGAUCACCCUCUGGGCUCAGCAUCUAUGGCACACGGAGAUAUUUGCCGCACAAGCACCCUAUAAUGGACUCCAACGCCACGUCGCCUCGCGGCCGUUGCAGAUACAUGUGCUCCGAUCGUACUUGCCGCACUGUUGCAAUGGGACCGAUGAGGCUCAUCGUGGCCCUCAGUGCUUGACAUCAACGAAGACCAUACCGCUCUCGCUGCGGUCGCCUGCGCAUUGCCUAUCUCAGGUUGCGAGGAGCUUGCGAGCAUUGCUGAUGGACGGCAACGUUGAGAUAUGGAACCUCGACAACACUCUUUUCCCUCACAUCGCUGAACGUUCAGGCAUCGUACGGGGCAUGCAGGAUAAUGCACCCGUCAUUCAGUACGGCAGUCGCAACUUGAUCGCCGUCAACGUCUGCUCCUGCCUGAUCCCAGCUAUCGCGUCGUUUUACUCCAGUCUGGAGAACGUGAAGCUCGCGUUGCCUUGGCCAGGCCAUGAGGCCCAUCCCUGGAGUGCAGACGUUCACGUUGGCACACAGUCGUUCUGGUACACCAAUGCCGGCCCGGUCGGUAGCCCUCUACGGUAUAUCGACCUGGAGAUCUAUUCACCAGAUCCUGCCGCAGCCAAGUUCACUCGCGAGGUCCUGGUAGUGGAGAGCCAUGGGCUCCUCGUCAGUCGCUUCGCAAACUGCGAGGUGAUCUAUUACUCUCACUGCCUGACGUCUUUGCACGUCUACUUCUCCGAGGCGUGGGAGAUACAGUUCGCCGAGAGCUUGCUCACCGCGUUGCGUGCUUGCAUGGGGACUCUUCAAUAUCUGACGAUAGACGUUGCACACGCGUAUUUUGAGCUGGACGGUGUGAACCAUAUUGUUCUGCUGCCAGCCUUGCGUUAUUUGCGCCUCCACGCCCCGCAAUACUCUGGUGGGACACUUCUGCGGUAUCUUGCCCUUCCAAUGGAACUCGACAUUCACCUCGAACCCCUUGUUGAUUGGACAAAGCGAGCCAGCUUCAUAGAAGUGACUGAACCUCCUUUUGAGGUUCCUUUCUUGGCCUUCGAUGCAGAGGACCAGGAAGACUGCGCCUCGCUGGCUCGUUACGUUGCCAGUCUCGCCGCGCCUCUCCUUACACGCUGCUUCUUCACUUCGCAUUAUGACCCUUCGAUCUUCGUUGUACAACCGAUCUGGCGAUCUUUCACUGCCAUGGGCCUGAGGAUCCAGCUUGAUCCCAGCAUGACCGCGAAACAGCAUGUGGCGUCUCGCUUUCCCCAGUCAAUCACGGUGGCGCUUGCCGCCAAUGACGAGGCGCUCAAUACGCUACUGGAGGACCCAGCUGGCUACGCUUGGAAGGACAGUCCUGCUUUGCAGGGCAAACGCACCGCCAGACGAUCUCUGACUGUCCGAGACGGCGAUUGCGUAGAGUUCUACAGCCAGCGCACUGCGGACCAGACUCGCACCAUGCCCAUCCCGCUGUACGACAGCAUACGGUGGGUUAUAGGUCAAAUUCAGCAGGAGAAGCGCGACACAGUUGGUGUACAGGAGCUAUCAUUUGCCCGGGAGUCUUGGCUACCCGAUCGCUCCCUGGGAUAUCAGUAUAUCCUUGGUGAUUUGCAGGCGGUGAAGUCCAUACGAUUCACCGGCCACUUCCUCUCCCCAGCUAUCCCGUUCCUGCAGAACAUGCAGGGCUGUGUAAGCCAGGAGCACAUCACUGCGCUUGCACUGUAUCUCAACACCCCCCAGGAGGGUUACAACUUCCCCUGUUUGUGUCUGGAGAUUAUAUGGCUCCCGACUGGCGUUUGGUCUCCAAAUCCCGAGGAGUUCAAUGAAGAGGAGCUUCGUGAGCUUUACAACAGCCCCGAACGCCGCCGCUCUGGGGCGCCUCAGAUCCGCAUAGAUUACCAGUAA